UCCAAGGCACCAGCCCUACAGAGAAGCCAAUACCAUUAAGAGAACACCGUGAGAUCCGAAUCCAGGCCGGCGACCUAACCGCUGAAAGUUCAACAUGGACCCCGACCGACAUCACAAAGGCGGUCAACGACCGCCUGGCUGGGAUGGGCCUGGGCAAGAUCCUCAACACAAGACGGUUACCAAGUGGCGACCUCAUAUUGAUGGCAGACUCCACAGAUACUAAGACCAAGGCAGAGGAGCAAGUCAAUGGCUGGAUCCAGGUCAUCAGUGGCUCCGCCCGACUCCGACCCAAAAAGUACACCGUCUGGGUUCAUGGGGUUGAGAGGAAGAGGAUCAUCCGUCUCAAACGAAAAGUCAGCUCCCUCUUAGUGGAUAUCAGCUCCCCGGAGGGAGCCAACCUACUCAUAAGAGAAGGGAUUGUGAUUGAUGGAGAGAUCAAGGAAGUGGAGCUGUUUGGUCCACAAUGCCUUAUUACCAGGUGCUUCAACUAUCAGGGGUAUGGCCAUGCAGCACGCAGCUGCAGAGCCAACAAGAAGUGCAGAUUCUGCGCGGCUGGCGGACAUUCAUAUAAGAACUGCCCCCUUAAGGGCCAGAAGACCAAGCAACAAUGUGCCAACUACACCAGCAGGCAUAUGGCGGGCAGCCAGGACUGCAGAGCCCAUCAGGAGGAGGACAGUAGGGCACAGAGAGCUCUUGAGACCAAGCUAAAGCGCUUCGCAGAGCCCAAGCAACCCCAGGGAUCGGCACAACACCCUCUCCCCCCUAAGAAAAGAUCUGGAGAACACAUCUCCAAUCCUGUGGCCCAGAAACCGCGAGGACCUGGUCGUCCCCGACAGCCUCUCGCUGCCCCUGACGACAGGCAACUUAAUAACUUCUUCACACCCCAGGCUGAGCAUACCCAAGCCUCUCAGGCAAAUACUCAGGAACCCGAAGAUCAACUCAUGCUAGAAGUCAUGGCUAGCCAGGCCUUGACCUUGGACGCCCCAAGCGACGCCCAAGUCUCCAACACAGGCCACUAA